AUGGCGGCGGCCGCACUGCGUCCGGCGAUCCUCCGCCACAUCCGACUCUCGCCCGCCACGGCGGCCCCUCUCGCCGCCGCCGCCGCGGCCGGCCGGCCCCUCGCCCUCGCGCCGUGGCUCGCGCGGCCAAUGUCCUCACACGACGCCCACCUCACCCGCGACGAGGUCGUCGGCCGCGUCCUCGACGUCCUCAAGUGCCACCCCAAGGUCGACCCCUCCAAGGUGACCCCCGAGGCGCACUUCGAGAAGGAUCUGGGGCUGGACAGCCUGGACACGGUGGAGGUGGUGAUGGCGAUCGAGGAAGAGUUCAAGCUCGAGAUCCCCGACUUGGAGGCUGACAAGAUCAACUCGCUUCCGCUCGCCAUCGAGUAUGUCGCCAACCACCCCAUGGCCGGCUGA